AAACGCGCUGAUCCGAAGUUGCACGAAUCUAUGCGGAAAGUGACAAUAUAACAUUUUUUCGCGGUCAAAAGAAGCGAAGUUGAUCACAUUCUGUUCAACUGAAACCAUGUUAUUGAGUUUUACAACAUUUUCAUCUAAAGUUAAAUGUCAAGUGUCGAGUAUAGGUGGUCAAAACACUUUAAAAAACAGUCUACCGUCUUGAUUAAGUGCUAAAUUAGUUGUUUUAUUUAGUAAAUUUAAGAAUAAGUUUAUUUAAUUUUGUGACCAUGCCGAAAGGAAAACGAAAGGGAAGGUCUGAUCGCGGGCGAAACGACGGCUCCCUAAAUUCAUCCGACGAUGAAUCUUUUAUGGACAACGCAAGUGUUGUCAGUAACUAUUCCGAAAACAAAAGCGGAGAAGAGUGCGAGGACGCUGAUCUUCUCGCACAGGAACAACUGGAAGAAAAAUUAGUAGAAAUCCUCGAUGGACUCACCCAGAAAUCAUCCCAGGGCAGAAUCAAUUGCUUCGAUACGCUAACCAAAGGUUUUGUCAAGAAAUGUAUGCCUGGAUUUAUCAGAGAUCGUCAGUUCACAAUCUGUGACAGCAUAGAAAGGAGUUUGAAAAAAGGAGGAGGUCCCGAAAAAAUAGCUGCUGCCGAGUUAGCCACCGUUAUUUGUGUCCAGCUCGGAGGCGAAGAUGCAACCGAAGACAUUUGCAGGCUGCUGAAACCGAUCUUGCUUAGUUUGAUUUGCGACAACUCGGUUGCUGCACCUGUUAGAGCAAAAUGCUGCACUGCUUUAGGAAACAUCAUAUUCUUAUCAGGAGGCGAAAUAGGAGACGUUCUUCUCCUGAUGCAACAAUUGGAGGCUAUCUAUUCCGCCAGUUACUUAAAAGGCGAUGGAACCGUUCCGACCAUCAGUCCAGAUCUAGGAGUACUUCACGCGGCUGCCAUCCAAUCUUGGAAUUUACUUUUCACGUUACUCUCUCCGGGAAAUAUUGGAACCAUGAUUAACAAUUCUAAAGCUUUACCCUCACUCGAAAAACUCUCAGAACUGUUGGAAUCGGCACAUUUAGACGUCAGAAUGGCCGCAGGCGAAUCUUUAGCACUAAUAUACGAAUUAGGUAGAGAAGAAAGUGAGGACUUCGAAGAAGAGUUUGCACUAGAUGUCACAGAAACUUUAAAACAGUUAGCUACAGAUUCUCAUAAAUACAGAGCGAAGAAAGACAGGAAACAACAGAGGGCCACGUUUAGGGAUAUACUACAAUUUAUAGAGAGUGACAUAGUACCUGAAUUGCAGAUUAAAUUUGGAAAGGAAACGUUGGUGCUUGAUUCGUGGAUAAGAAGGAAGCAAUACGAGAUGUUGUGCAAUAUCUUAGGACCAAGUAUAAAUGUGCAUUUGACCGAAAAUGAUCUGCUUAGGGAUAUUUUCGAAAUCGCCCUUCCUGCUCCCAGCAGCGAAAUGCCCGCCCAUGCUCAACACCAAAUGGAAAGGUAUAGAAAGCGAUUGAUAAAUGCAGCUAACUUCAAGGCGAGAACUUUAUCGAGGGCGAGGAAUAGGGACAAACGGUCAGAUUUCUAGUUACCAUCAUCAGCAGGAUCUAUUUUCUAUAUACUUUAAUUUAGCACAAUUUUUAUAGUGAUUAUCUAUUUCUUGUAUAUGAUCGCUAUUUAUUAAAUUAUUUAAAAGUUAUUAUGUAACUAUUAUUAUUUAUAGGUGUGACAUAUUAAUAAUUAUUGUAAAAUCAUUUGUUUUUGGAAUACACAAUUUAAAAAUUA